AUGGGAAUUCAUGGUCUUUGGCCUUUGUUGAAAGUGACUUCCACUCCCAUAACUCUGGAGGAACUUGAAGGAAAACGUCUUGCAAUAGAUAUUUCAUUAUGGAUUCAUCAAGCUCAAUGCUUCGACAUUGGCAAACAAUCUAACAAACCACAUUUGACUAUUUUAAUAAAUCGGAUUGCAAAACUUUUAUUUUAUAAAAUCAGGCCUGUUUUCGUAUUUGAUGGAGAUAAUUUACCUAGAUUCAAGAGGCAAAUUUUGCGUGAUCGCAUGUUGAAAUCUCAUUUGCAAGAGUUUAAUAUAAAUAGAGGGCAGAAACGAAUUUUUGAGCGAGUAGCAAAUGACCAUUUAAAUUCAGACAAGGCUGAAAGUGUUCCUUUAAAAAAUCAUAAAAUUGGGAAUUGUGGAAACACAACUGCAAAUACGCCUGACGAUUGCAAUAUCCCUUCAACCUCCAACCUCAAUUCACUCUCGAAUGAUUCGGAUAGUGAUAUUUCUUCAGACAAUUUUGUUAAUGAUAGCGAGAUUUACAGUUCAAAAAUUGAUGCACAAAUUUCUAGAUUGGAAGAGCAUCGCGAACGAGAACGGAAUACUUUAUUAAAACAAUCUGAUAUUCCAGAUGAUGCAAAACAAUUUAGUAAUUUUCAAUUACAGCGUCUUUUACAAAGAAAUCAAACUAAUUCUGAUCUAAAAAAAUUAAAAGAAGAAAGAGUGCGCAACAUUGCUGAUAUUUCUCAAAAUGAUUAUAAUGAUAUUAAAGUUAUUAUUGCUGAUCAAUUUCAACAAGUACAUGUUUUGCCACCUACCGAUGGAUUUGAGGACAAAAUUGCAAAAUCUACAUUUUAUGAAAAUUUUGAUACUGGGCAUAAAUGUGAAGUUACCUCACAAUCUACUCCAAUAAGUAGUGACGAUAACUCUGAUGAUUUUAUUGAUGUUUCCGAUCCAGAAUUGAUAGAUGACUCCGAUGCUUCUUCGACUAUUACCAAUGACAUAGAAGUUGUUGAUGAAUUUCCGUUUGACAAAAGUGACGAAAACAGCCUAAUAUCAGGCGAAAGUGUAAAGGAAUUCAAUGAAAUCGCUGCUAAUAAAGAUGAUUUUUUACUUCCAAAAAAUUCCUCAAAGAAUACAUUAAAUGGAAACAAUUCAAAAGCUGAAAGAGAUGGAAUAUAUGUAGAUUGUCAGAAACUUCUUUUUACUCUCGGUUUGCCUUUUAUGGAAUCUCCUGCUGAAGCAGAGGCGCAAUGUGCCGAACUUGAAAGAUUAAAUCUUGUGGAUGGUAUUGUUUCCGAUGAUAGUGAUGUUUGGCUUUUUGGUGCUAAAAAUGUCUAUAAAAAUAUGUUCAGCAGAAAGAUGAAUUUGGAAAAAUAUUCUUCUGAAGAUAUAAGACAAAAACUUGGUAGGCAAAAUAAAAUUAUUUUUUUAAUUUUCAAUAAAGGUUUGACACGUUGUGGAUUUAUUCAACUGGGUUUGUUGGCUGGGGGAGAUUACUCUCAAGGAUUGAAACAGAUAGGAGUGGUUGCUGCUCUUGAAUUGAUCUCUGAAUUUCUUAUUAGUUCUGAUGAUACUGAUAAUUUAUCAGAUAAGGUUUUAUGUUCUCUUAAGAAAAUAAGUGAAUGGAUAUUAUCAAAACGCCUAAAAGACAUUAAUUCAGUUUUUAUUGAAUCUCCACGCCGGAUUUCUUUGAGAAAAAUUAUUGAAGCUAAUAAUUCUGAUGAAACUAUUAAACAGUUUCCAAAUAUUGAAAUAAUUGAAGCCUAUGCAAAACCACUGGUAGACAGUUCUACAAAGAAAUUUAAAUGGAGACGAGUUGAUUUUGUUGCACUAGAUUCUUUUUUACAAAUUAAUCUUGGAAUAACUAAGGAAGACAUUUUUAAGGUAAAUUUAUAA